ACCAGAUUCCCGCAAACCCAUUUGGAUCUUUUGGCGCCGAUUCAACUCGUCAAGAUCCUCCCCAAGCUACUCGUAGGCUCGACCUGCAUUAUCGUUGUUUAGCCGAUUCGUUGUUUUUCCAUUGAAUUUCUUGUGCACAGCUGUCCGAUACUCAGCACAGCAAUACCGUCUGCCUUUGCUAACCCUCGACCACCCUCCCACACGCCGCCAGUCAUGGCUCACUCAGAUCACCGUAUGGCUAGUGUAAAGCCGAGAUUGACAUACAACACAAUCAGCGGUGUCAAUGGACCCCUGGUCGUUCUUGACAAUGUCAAAUUCCCUAGAUACAACGAGAUUGUCAGUCUGACACUACCCGAUGGCUCGUCGAGGUCUGGUCAAGUUCUGGAAGCAAGAGGAAACAGAGCCGUUGUGCAAGUGUUUGAAGGAACAACUGGUAUCGACGUGAAGAAGACAAAAGUCGAAUUCACAGGCCACAGCUUGAAGAUCGGUGUCUCAGAAGACAUGCUUGGUCGAAUCUUUGACGGUUCUGGAAGAGCUAUAGACAAGGGUCCUAAAGUGCUGGCGGAGGAUUAUCUUGAUAUCAACGGCAGUCCCAUCAAUCCAUAUUCACGGGUUUAUCCCGAAGAAAUGAUUUCCACAGGUAUCUCGGCCAUUGACACGAUGAACUCGGUCGCUCGAGGACAGAAGAUUCCCAUCUUCUCUGCAGCUGGUCUGCCUCACAACGAAAUUGCAGCUCAGAUUUGUCGGCAGGCUGGUCUGGUGCACCAACCCAACAAGGGUGUCCACGAUGGCCACGAGGAGAACUUUUCGAUUGUCUUUGCCGCUAUGGGUGUCAACAUGGAAACCGCACGUUUCUUCACCCGAGACUUUGAAGAGAACGGCUCAAUGGAGCGUGUCACACUGUUUUUGAACUUGGCCAACGAUCCUACCAUUGAACGUAUCAUCACACCUCGACUUGCCCUGACAACCGCAGAAUACUACGCCUAUCAACUCGAAAAGCACGUGUUGGUCAUCCUCACAGAUCUCUCGGCCUACUGCGAUGCUCUCCGAGAAGUGUCUGCUGCACGAGAAGAAGUUCCUGGUCGACGUGGUUACCCCGGUUACAUGUAUACUGACUUGUCCACCAUCUACGAGCGAGCCGGUCGUGUCGAAGGUCGAAAUGGAUCCAUCACACAAAUCCCCAUUCUGACCAUGCCUAACGACGAUAUUACCCACCCUAUCCCUGACCUGACUGGUUACAUCACGGAGGGCCAGAUCUUCGUCGAUCGACAACUGUACAACAAGGGUAUCUACCCACCCAUCAACGUCCUGCCGUCGUUGUCUCGAUUGAUGAAGUCUGCCAUUGGUGAAGGAUUGACCAGAAAAGACCACGGUGACGUGUCGAACCAACUGUACGCCAAAUAUGCCAUUGGUCGAGAUGCUGCUGCGAUGAAAGCUGUCGUUGGUGACGAAGCACUGAGUUCCGAAGAUAAGUUGUCGCUGGAGUUCCUCGAAAAGUUCGAGAAGCAAUUCAUUUCACAAAGCCCGUACGACAAGCGAUCGAUCUUUGACAGUCUGGAUCUUGGCUGGAAUUUGCUUCGUAUUUUCCCCAAGGAACUGCUCAACCGUGUCAACCCGAAGAUUUUGGACGAGUUCUACGCGAGAAAGAGCCACGGCAAGGAGAGGAGGGCUAAAAAGGACACCAGAGAUAACGAGGAUGGUGGAAAACAAGUCAACGGCGAGCCAAACCUGCUCGAUGAUUAGAGUAAUUACUUCUGUCGUUCGGAGUAGAGGUAUCUGUUAUGUUAUCGAAGAGGUUGAGAAGUGGCUAUACCUCUCUGUCUGAAAGAGGUCUGUCUCCCUCCGCGGUCCGUAUAUCCAAACAUAUGCACUACUGGAGCAGCCUUGAUCAACAACCAUUUUUCAGCGCCAGAACUUCAAUAUUUGCCAUCGUUUUCGCCAAUGCAGGAGAUGGUACGUACUCCUUACUACGGGAACAUAAAGAUUUCCUUUCCCUUCUCAUCUGAUCUGAAACAUCGUUCAAGUUUCAUCGAUGGAAAUAUAUGUUCGGGGGCUCUACUAGAUGUCUACAAGUUAGAAGACCAAGACUUUUGUUUUCUUU